AUGUGUGGAGUCAUCUCAACAGCUGGCAGUUUUGAGAAGUCUCUAGCCUCUGAUGAUGUAUUGGCUCACUUCUUCAAUGAUUUCUUGAGUCUUCCGUCUUUCCCAGAGUCUUUGCUGUACAAUCAGGAGACUGGGCUGUUUGAGGUGGCGAGUGGGGCAGCUGAGUUAGUUUCUAGAAGAAUCAGAUCAGUUCUGAGCCGCAGCAAAUCACAACUCACUGGUGACCCUAAAGCGCUUACCAGAACCCCUCCAGUAGAUAAUCACUACACUAUCUGUUGUCUGGACAGAGAGCAAGGAAUUCAGUGGAUCAUGAAAGAAAGAUUGCCCUUUUUCCUUCGAAGUGAUUGCUACAAUGAAUACAGAUUGGCCAAACUGCUGUUUCAAUGGGACUCACACCUCAGUAUCCAGAGGAGGAAAGGCAAUUCAGUACGAACCACGCUGUCAGCCCCACAACUGUGUCUUUCCUCCCAAUUUAACAAGGAAAGUAACAAACUGAAGGUCCUAACAUACUCACAUUCUCAAGAGAGCAUUUCAGCAAAACGAGGGUCUACAAGGAUGCAUGUUACAGGUCUAUCACCUGACCGGGAGGAAUAUAUCCACACAAAAUGCAGUGAAUCACCCAGAUAUUUCUCCAGUUUGUCUGAGCCAGAAUACCCAUGCACCUUUUCCUCUUUGUCCUCUUUGUGUUCUUCCUCCUCUAACCGUAAAUGUGAGAAAACCCAGGAACUCCAGAGCUCACAAACAGAGUUUAGCCCCUACUUCACAGCACUACCAGCUGGCAAAUCAGAAGAUGAACAUCUCCAAGAGUCCAGUUCUAAGAAUUAUGAUUCCUCUCUACAGCUGGAGCACCUGGCUGCUGAAGUGGUUAAGCAGGUGCUUAACAAUGCACUGAACGUGAUGGAUGGUCAGAGCCAAGCAAACACUCUGGACUGUUUCAGCAAGUCAGCAGACGAGACAAAUUGUACCAGCACAGACAGUUCCUGUGAAUGUAAAGAUCGCUGGUGUUUGGCUGAUGAGGGCAGAGAAAAAUUGGAGGAGAAGAAAGAGAAGGUUCAAGAAGUCAGGAGGGGGGUUGGAGUGGAAGAGAAGACAGAGUGGUUUAAGAAGAAUUGGGAGGUGGGGAGCAGGGGCACAGACCAGAAAAAUGUCCUUGAUAUUUGUUGCCAUGGUGCCUGUUGCCAUGGCAACAGACCAGGCUUGGAUGAGUUUAAAGAGUUUUUGCGAGGAAUGCCAGGAGAGAAGCUGCUUAAUCUCUGGAUGGAUAUAGAGAGACUGAAAGCUACACAGAACAGAGAACGGAAGAACCGGUAUUUGACCCUGAUGAGGAGUUGGUACCUACUGAGCGGUAGUCAAAGCAGUCUACAUGUAGAGCUGCUCUCUAGACUGGGACUGACUACCUCCCCCUGCUGGACAGAGGAGAAACUAUGUUCAGUUCAGCCCUUCCUCACUGAGUCACUGCUCCACUACUGGGUUCCUCGGUUCUGGACAUCCCAGAGCAUCCAGGAAGACCGUGAUGACUCCCCUCAUCUAAUGCUGUGGACAGAGUGGUGUGUUAGCCCUCUAUCAGGCACACAGCCCCAUCAUGCCUCAAUGACCCUGCCUCCCCUCCACCCUGACACCUGCCUACUGCAGUCUCCCCAAGCUGUCCACAUACAGUUAUAUUCUAGAAGAGGACAGUCACCGGGCUGUAGAAGAAUGGAAAAGAUGUUACAGGCUCUUUUUGUUGACUCGUGUGCCGGCCUAUACUUCACAAACUUCUGUGAACAAUCUGGAAACCAGCUGUGGGAGAAUGCAGUUUACUUUUGGAGUGACCUGCAGCACUAUCGUGAGCUGUUCUAUCAGGAUGGACUGGACCCUUACAGAGUACAGAGAGAGGCACAGCUCCUUUACUCCACCUAUCUCUUCAGCUCUGCCAGGAGGAGCAUUGCUGUUGAUGAGGAGAUCAGAAGGGAGGUGUACGAUCGAAUGAUGCCUGCUUUUGAGGAGCUGUUUGACAACGUUGAGGAACACACACUGAACAUCCUGCUGGAGCCGUGGACACUGCUGGUCAGCAGGGGCAAAGAGUCUUUCCAGAAGGUGUGUGUGCAGGAGGAGAUGCGCUGCGUCGACAGUCAGGAGUACAGGGAACUCCAGAGUCUGUACGAGGAAUCAGAGCGAAGACUGAAUCAGGUGGAGCAGUGUGGGUCCAUGCUGUUUCCCUCUUCUUUCACACCUUCUACUCCCCUCUCAAAGGGCCUCCGGGCCUCUGACUCUUGGUCCAGAGUGUCUCCAAAUUACCAAGGUUACCGUCUAGGUUCCUUACUUCGUCACCGCCAUGAGAUCGGGCAUUUCAUGUCCUUUCUACAGAAUCAGGGCUCCAGCAUCCAUCUGUCAUGCUGGUUGGAUCUGGAGCAGUACAGGAGGACUUCUCAGAAGGACAAAGCUGUCAGACAGGAGAGGUCAUCUCAUAUUGCAACCAAAUACCUCAACAGGAAGUACUUCUUUGGCUCUGACAGCCCCGCCACAACAGAACAACAGAAUGAUAUAUUGCAUCUGGCUGGCGGACUGGAGCGUCUGAAGCUGGAAUGUCUUGCCAACCCCGUCGUCGUAGAGAUCCAGGACAUCGUCAAGAGUCACAUUGAGGAGAAAUGGCUGCCUCUCUUUCUGUCCACAGCAGAGUUCACAGAGCGACAGAAACACCAACCAAAGCCCCAAGCAGCAGACCAGCUCUCACAGCACGUCUACCGUCGACGCAGAACGAGAAGAGAAGCCUGGAAGGCCGAGGGCUUGUGGAUGAGUUCCUCCAAAGAGAUCCUGCUGUUUCGACGGAUCCUACUCAACCGUGUCACUUGUAUGCAGUUCCAGCACUUUGUCUCUCUGAAGGGAGACUUCCUAGAAAAUGACGUGCUCUUCUGGCUGGAGGUGCAGAGAUACAAGGACCUCUGUCAUUCACACAGUGAUGAGGCCACCAUCCAGCAGAAGAUCUCCACCAUCAUUAACUGCUUCAUUAACUCUUCCAUGCCCCCCGCCCUGCAGAUAGACAUCCCUGCUGAGCAGGCCCAACACAUUCUGGAGAAACGGCACGAGCUGGGCCCGUACAUUUUCAGAGAGGCACAGAUGUCAGUGUUCAGUGAGUUGUUGAAGUUCUGGCCUGAGUUUCAAGAAUUCAGCAGGAGCGUCCAAGAGGAGCAACUCCUUCCUCUACUGCAGGAGAAACGAGUCAAACACAGAGCCAGAGUGCGGAGACGGAGGAGAAAAGAGGAGGAGGAGGAGGAGGAGGAGGAAGAUGAGAGGAGGAGAGCUCAGGAAGAACUGGAGAGGCCAGAGUCCAGUUUUGGAGAGGAGGAAGAGACAGAUGACGAAGACGAAAUAGAAGAAAAACAAGAGGAAAGAAGUGAAAAAAAGCAGUCGAGGACACAGAGCAGAGUGCUGACUCCAACACAGCCGUUGUCGUGGUCCUACUCCAAGUAUAUGGCAGCUCUGAAGAGAGAGGAGGUGCUGCUGAGGAGACAGAGUCAGCUAGAAGCCUCAUUCUCCACAGCCUCAGACUCCUCCUCGGACUGCAGCAUCAAGUCAGCAGGCAGUAAACUCAGCCGGCAGCAGGCCUCACGUCACUCCUCCAGAGCGGAAAGUAAACAGUGUAACAGAUAUAACAGGAGUGUGAGAGCCAGCAACAUGAAAUAAGAGCAGCGUGUAUGAGGUGACUUCAUGCAGCACAAACAGAUGAGGAUGACUGACGCUGUUAUCAGAGCACGAUGAAUGAAAACUGAGAGCAGAGCUUCUACUGCUAUCUGGAUGAGAAGCUCCAAGUUUCAGGCUGAGUUUACACAUGAUGGAAGAUUGUUUUCUUAGAGCCUGAAUGACAAACAUCACCUAACACUGUAUAUUCACGUAUUUCAUUUGCCAAGUCCAAACUGUGUUCCUUGCAUAGCACACAAUGAUAGAACACAUAAUCUUUAAUGUUUUUAUUAAAAUGUUUCUCUAUUAAUAUAUUAUCCAUUUACAUACAUUUAAAGGCAUUAGACUUAUGUGGUACAACAAUAUAAAAGGCAACUAACAACAUGGUUGGCAUCAACAUAAGGUUACAAAGGUCAAUGUUUUUGUCAAACAAGUAUGUUACAUCAUCUAUAAAAACAUUUUGGUUGACA